AUGCAUAGAAGAGCUGUUACUGCUACUGUUGCAAAAAGUACCUCGAGGACUACUACUACCUCGCGUUUAGUCUCACUGACAUCGAGGCGUUCUUUUCUUUUAACCAAAUUUAGCUCUAUACCUUCGUCUAGAGUUUCAGUUGCUGCAUAUUCAACUGCAAAGACAGUCCCAUUAACAGCAGAAACUUAUGCAUCAAAAGUACAACGUGAUCCACGCUACAAGAAGCUUACUGCCUCCGACUUGGAGUUUUUCAAGCUGGUUCUUCCAGGUAAUAGCAUCAUCACCGAUAAGGAUGAUCUUGACUUUUAUAAUGAGGACUGGAUGAGGAAAUACAAGGGUCAAUCUCAAUUGGUGUUGAAGCCCAAGACUGUUGAGCAAGUCUCGCAGAUUGUAAAGUAUUGUAAUCAAGAGAAACUUGCCGUGGUCCCACAAGGUGGAAACACCGGUUUGGUUGGCGGUUCAAACCCGGUGUUUGACGAGAAUAUCCUCAGCUUGAGCUCAAUGAAUGAGAUUAGGUCAUUUGACGAAGCGAGUGGGAUCUUGAAAGUCGAUGCCGGUGUCAUUUUAGAGACUACUGAUCAGUACUUGGCAGAACGGGGUUUCAUUUUCCCCUUGGAUCUUGGAGCCAAGGGUUCGUGUCAAAUUGGAGGAAAUGUGGCGUGUAAUGCUGGUGGAUUGAGAUUGCUCAAGUACGGCUCAUUGCAUGGUUCAGUAUUGGGACUCGAGGUUGUUUUACCAGAUGGUACGAUUUAUGAUUCUAUGCACUCAUUGAGAAAAGAUAAUACAGGAUACGAUCUUAAGCAAUUGUUCAUUGGGUCAGAGGGUACAUUGGGUGUCAUUACCGGUGUCAGUAUAUUGUGUCCUUCUAGACCACAAGCUAACAAUGUUGCGUUUUUAGCGGUAAAGGAUUACGAAACCGUAACAAAAGUGUUUAACGAGUGUAAAAAAGAGUUGAGUGAGAUUUUAUCGGCAUUUGAGUUUAUGGAUUUAAACAGUCAGAAAUUGACCCAACAGCAUUUGGGUGUUGAGCAGCAUCCUAUUGAAAGUGGUGAGUACCCAUUCUAUAUUCUUAUUGAAACUUCUGGUUCCAAUAAGGAGCAUGAUGAUGAAAAGUUGGAGACCUUUUUGGGUAAUGCUAUGGAGAAUGGUCUUGUUGAGGAUGGUAUUAUUGCGCAAGAUGAGUCACAAAUCCAGAGUUUGUGGUCGUGGAGAGAGAGUAUUCCUGAGGCAUCUACCAUGAAUGGGGGUGUUUACAAGUAUGAUGUUUCUAUUCCCUUGAAAGAUCUUUACAAUUUGGUUGAGGCUUGUAAUGUGGAAUUGGACAAGGCUGGUAUUGUUGAUUUUGAGGAUGCGUCAAAACCAGUGGUGUCUGCUAUUGGAUAUGGUCAUAUUGGAGAUGGUAACCUCCACUUGAAUGUAUGUGUUAGACAAUAUUCAAAGGAGAUUGAAAAAGUGUUGGAGCCAUUUGUUUAUGAGUGGAUAUCUGAAAAGAAGGGUUCGAUAUCCGCUGAGCAUGGAUUAGGGUUCCAAAAGAAGAACUAUAUUGGGUACUCCAAGAAUGACCAAGAAAUUAGCAUGAUCAAGAGCAUAAAGAACCACUUUGAUCCCGAAGGUAUAAUGAAUCCUUACAAGUAUGUAUAA